AUGAUCCAAGGAAUAUUCUAUGCCAGGUUCUUCCCUCAAGAAGGUCCCAAGAUUGUCGCUCAGUCUCCUGCGGGCUGCAUCACACCCGUAGAAGGCUCGACCAAACCUCCUCUCAUCGACUUUGACGUGCUUCACGAGUACAUCAUUCCCAGACAGGCCUUCUGCAAUCGCUACCUCAGCAUCAACACGCCUGAUGGAAAAUACACCGUUCUAGGACAUCCAGUGGUCAUUCCUCACACAAAAUACUCACGUAAUGAAUUCAUCUUCAACUUCGGCCUCGUUCUCGACGCCGACGUGGACCAUGUGCCGUAUGAGCGCGUCGUCCGUGGUCUAGCUUCUACUUUCUCUGAGAUGGAGAAGCAGAAUGAGUAUCUGAGCCAGAACGCGGAGACUAAAGGAGCUGGACGAAGGCCUAUUGACAGUCUGUUGGAGAUUGUCAAGGAGGAUCUGGAUAAUUAUGGAGAGUGCAUGAUUCCUGUUGAUGAGGCCAACACCAUCAACAUGAAGCUAUUCCCUCACCAUAUUGACCCUCCAAGAGUUCGUGGCUGGCAUGUCCCCGUACCAAAAGCCAAAUUCGCCGACAUUAUUGACCCUACAUGGGACCUCACUCUUCAAAAGGUCAUAUCUCAUAUCGAUGGCGUCUCUGACGUUCGACGCAUCGCCCACGCAGCUUCCGUCUCACUUGACCUAGCCAAAACCGCUCUCCGCCACCUUCUCUACUACGAUACCAUCCUUCUCCUUGACAUGUUCUUCUUCAGUGCAUGCUACGCACCCCGUCCUGGUAUUCAUGACUUCAUUCGAAACGUUGACGGCAUGGUAGAUGAGUGUGCUGCGUAUGUAUCUCAUGGCCGUGGCCUCGUAAGCAACUAUCAUCUCAUCAAACUCAUGUCCACGUUUACUCCUGGCAAAUCCGUCAUGGAAUGGCUCAAAGGACACCAAGACGCAGGCUUCGAGGUUUUACGUUUUGUCGAUGUCCGCAGGUUCGUCCAGUUUGGUGUCAUUAAAGGCUGUAUCUACAGAGUCCACAAAUUCGUCGUCUCCAAGCAAUACCUAGCUGCUUUGGCGUCUGGUCAGAGUCGGCCAAUGCCAGGAGGAGAUCCGCUGCAGAAGUAUACAGAUGGCUGUCACCAUUUCGACCAGAUCAUCACAGAACAAAAUUUGACGGACAGUGAUAUCAUGGAGAAGCUGAAGAAGUUACCGGUUCCUAAGGGCGAUCUAGCAGUCUUCUACAGAUAA